CGUGCGACGCAACCGUUAUUCCUCGCGAGCAAGCCGCACCGGCAGACUGGGAUCCAUUAUGGCCAAAGCGGGCUUUUGAGGGGGCCUUCCAUUCACACACAAUCAAAACAAUGGACAACAACUCCAUUCAGGAUCAAGCGACAUGGUGCCAUCCGUACGAUGACAUGCUCACUGGACCAUUUCGGCCCCUCCUCUCUCAAGCGUCAUGAGGGAAAGACGACUGGGGCAUUCCAGCUAUCACCUAGCGAACACGCGCCACACUUGCACCAUCUCACAAGACUUUGAGGCGACAACCUUUUCCAUGCAGGGUCAAGAGAAGAGGGCACAUGCAGUGGCGUAUUCCGGGCAAUGCCUUGCCAUCAGGGCUGACCUGUACUGGCAGCUGUUAUUGGCCUUUGGUUGCAGGGAGGCCGACAGAGCCAGUCCCAGCUGGAGCCUGGGCCAGCUGCCGGCCCGGCCGUGGAUGGCGUCGUUCCUUGCAGUUUGGCCGCGCCAUCGCUCUGAGCCGGCCGCGCCCUUAGUUUCUCGAAAUAUCUCCGUUUCCUUGUUUGUCGCUACUGCACCUCAACGUAUCCAGUUCUAUUUGCACAAUGCUGUGGCGUUAACCAUCCCGACGAUAUCCACAACAACGCAUGAGAGAGGGACCCAGCAUACACGAUAUCAAGGUGCGGUCGACUUGGUCAAUUGGAGCGCUUUGGUGGGCAGUGCAAACCCGCGCAAGUGGACGUGUGAGAGUGUCGGCAGGCGAAGUACGACGUCUCUUUGUCAUUCGUGGCAGCCCUUUGGUGAGAGGGUGACGAGAGGGAUUGUUUCCUGAGAGUUUUCUUUUCUUGUUCAACGACGUUGCCAUGAAAGGAAUGGGACUCGGGUUUCUUUGACGCCGCUGUCUCUCAAC